ACUGAGAAGUCUCUUAAUUUUCCUUUUCAGUUCAGCAAACAAGUGCCUUCUGAAAGUAGCAACCUACGCAGCUCAGCUGGAGCAGUACCCAAAAGCGAUUGAAAUCUAUGAACAGGUCGGAACCCACGCAAUGGACAGUACGCUCCUGAAAUACAGUGCCAAGGAUCACUUCUUCAAGGCGGCGCUCUGCCACUUCUGUGUAGACACGCUGAAUGCAAAUCUUGCUGUGAGGAAGUAUGAGGAAAUGUUUCCGGCCUUUUCAGACUCCCGAGAAUGCAAGCUGUUGAAGAAACUUCUAGAGGCCUGCGAAGAACAGAACGUGGAUGCCUAUACUGAUGCGGUGAGUGAAAUGUUUUCUCUA